AUGGAAAGGUAUAAGAUAAUCAAGGAAGUUGGUAAUGGGACAUUUGGGGUUGUCUGGAGAGCAUUGAACAAACAUAAUGGUGAAGUGGUUGCUAUUAAGAAAAUGAAGAGAAAAUAUUAUUCAUGGGAAGAAUGCAUAAAUUUGAGAGAAGUCAAGUCGCUGCGAAAGAUGAAUCAUCCAAAUAUCGUGAAGCUGAAGGAAGUUAUUAGGGAAAAUGACAUUUUGUACUUUGUGUUUGAAUACAUGGAAUGUAGUCUUUACCAACUUAUGAAAGACAGAGUGAAGCCUUUCUCAGAAACUGAAAUUAGAAACUGGUGCUUCAAUAUUUUUCAAGGUCUCGUAUACAUGCAUCAAAAUGGCUACUUCCAUCGUGAUCUUAAGCCAGAGAACUUGCUUGUUUCAAAGGGUGUGAUAAAAAUAGCUGAUUUUGGUCUUGCUCGUGAGAUUACAUCCCAACCACCAUACACCGAGUAUGUUUCAACACGCUGGUAUCGGGCUCCAGAGGUGCUUCUCCAGUCACCAACAUAUGGUUCUGCUGUUGAUUUGUGGGCAAUGGGUGCAAUCAUGGCUGAAUUAUUUACUCUUCGCCCACUUUUUCCUGGUUCAAGUGAAGCAGAUGAAAUUUACAAAAUCUGUAGUGUGAUAGGCAGCCCAACACAAAACACAUGGCGUGAGGGACUCGAACUAGCAAGUACAAUCAAUUAUCAGUUUCCAGAGGUUGGUGGUGUAAAUCUUUCUGCAUUAAUACCAUCUGCAAGCAAGGAGGCAGUGAAUUUGAUUUCUGCUCUCUGUUCUUGGGACCCAUGCAAAAGGCCGACAGCUGUAGAGGCCCUUCAGCAUCCUUUCUUCCAGAGUUGUUACUAUGUUCCCCCAUCUCUUCGCCAUAAGCCUGCUUCUACUGCCAGGAUGUCUCCAUCUGUUGGGGUAAAUGGCAGAGGAGGAGGCAUGGAGCAGAAAUAUGGGUAUUCUGGUCAUUUGUCUAGUGUGAAGCCCGCUGUGCAUGUUACUUCAUCUGCAAAAGUGCAUGCGUCCUUAAACACAGGGGUGCAUCAUAAAGUGGAAGUGAAUAAUAAUAAUAAUUAUGAGGGACCGGGUGGAGUAAAGAAGGAAAAGACCUACAAGAACAGUGCUGGUGCUGCCAGACAACCAAAAUAUCGACCUCCUCCUGGAAAGUACAAUACUACUACAGUAGCAGGGGGAGGGGGAGGUGGUGUUUCUGAGACUGGUGACAAGUUGGGACACAUGGCGAUGGUUGGUUCAAAUAGAGUGGGUGUGGGUGUGGGUGUGGGUCCCAUUCCUAGACAGCAUCAGCAACAGCAUGCAAAAGGUUGGGUUAGAGUUGGAGCAAAACAAUAA